AUUGGCCACAUUGCGGUAUUUGUUGUUGCUUUCCGUACAUUGUUGCAGGCCGAAAUAAAAUAAUUUCAUCAGCAGGCACAUUCUUUUGUAAUUUAAACUAUUAUUUACACAAUUUACGACUUAAGCACAGUCUAGUGGAAAAAUGACUGAAGAAUUGGUGGUUAAAUUUCAAGCUCUUGGCAUGAGCGAACAAAAAGCCAAAGAGACGGCUAAAAAUGCAAAUGUUAGUAAAAAUCUACAAUUGGCCUUGGACCAUUGCAAAGAUGCUGUAUUGGGAGAAGGUGUAGGUAUGCUGCUGUACCAUAUGGCAACUAAAAUUAAACCACAAAGUGCCGAACAUUUACCUUUGCUGGUAAAUUAUAUUGUGGAGAAAAAAUUGGAUUCUACCAUGAGAGUGGAUGCUGCUUUGGAGUAUUUACUCAAGCAAGUGCAGAAGAAGGGACAAGCUAUUAAUUUGAAAGAAUUGGAUAAGGAGUGUGGCGUAGGUGUUGUGGUGACACCCGAAGAAAUUGAGAAGAUAGUACAGCAACAGGUGGCGAAAUAUAAGGAUGCGUUGCUGGAACAACGUUAUCAUUUCAAUGCCUUCAAAAUCAUGCAAGAGGUGAGAGAACAAUUAAAAUGGGCUGAUGCUAAGAGUGUUAAGGCAGCUAUAGAUGUGGAAAUUUUUGAUUUGUUGGGUCCCAAAACUGAAGAAGAUAUGAAACCAUUAGCUAAGGGUGAUAAGAAAAAGGAAAAACCCAAAGCAGCUGAAAAACAAGACAAUAAGUCGGCCAAUAGCAAAAAGGAAGAAGCAAGCACUGAUGGAGCUCAGACCAUAGCUGAAUUAAUGAAAACUAAAGUUCAUUUUCAUGCCCCAGGUGAGAAUUAUAAGACAGAUGGCUAUGUGGUCACCGACAACACCGAACGUUUACUUAAGGAACAUUUGAAGGCAACUGGAGCUAGAGUACACACACGUUUUCCUCCAGAACCUAAUGGCAUUUUGCAUAUUGGUCAUGCCAAGGCCAUUAAUAUCAAUUUCGGUUAUGCUGCCGCCCACAAUGGCGUCUGUUAUUUGCGUUACGAUGAUACUAAUCCCGAAAAGGAGGAGGAAAAGUUCUUCGUGGGCAUUAGAGACAUGGUAGAAUGGUUGGGCUACAAACCUUACAAAAUCACUCACUCUUCCGAUAAUUUCCAACAAUUAUAUGAAUGGGCUGUAGUAUUGAUACGCAAAGGUUUGGCCUAUGUAUGCCAUCAGACAGCUGAUGAAAUGAAGGGUUUCAAUCCCAAACCUAGUGAGUGGCGCGAUCGUCCUAUCGAAGAGUCCUUGCAACUUUUCGAAGACAUGAAAAAUGGUAAAAUUGAUGAAGGUGCAGCUACCUUGAGAUUAAAAGUAACCUUAGAAGAGGGUAAAGUAGACCCCGUAGCUUAUCGCAUUAAAUUUAUACCUCAUCAUCGUACAGGCAACAAAUGGUGUAUAUACCCCACCUACGAUUACACUCACUGUCUGUGUGAUUCCUUGGAAAAUAUUACACAUUCUUUGUGUACCAAAGAAUUCCAGUCGAGAAGAUCUUCCUACUAUUGGCUGUGCAAUGCCUUGGAUAUCUACUGUCCGGUACAGUGGGAAUACGGUCGCUUGAAUAUGAAUUAUGCUCUGGUAUCAAAGCGUAAAAUUGCUAAAUUGAUUACCGAGAAAAUUGUUAAUGACUGGGAUGAUCCUCGUUUGUUUACCUUGACCGCUUUAAGAAGACGUGGUUUCCCCGCCGAAGCAAUCAACAAUUUCUGUGCUCAAAUGGGUGUUACUGGCGCACAAAUUUCUGUGGAUCCUACUAUGUUGGAAGCGUCCGUAAGAGAUGUUCUUAAUGUGAGUGCCCCCCGUAGAUUGGUGGUAUUGGAACCUUUAAAAAUAACCCUAGAAAAUUAUCCUCAUGCUGGUCCGGUAGAAAUUGAAGUACCUAAUUUCCCACAAAAUCCUGAAUUGGGUAGUCACAAAAUCACCUUAGAUCGUGUGGUGUACAUAGAACAAAGUGAUUUUAAACAGGAAUCAGAAAAGGGCUACCGUCGUUUGGCUCCUGGCCAGACUGUUGGCUUGAGACAUGCCAAUCUCGUAUUGUCUCUGAAAGAAGUUAAAAAGGAUGCUGCCGGUCAUGUAACCGAACUUGUUUGCGAAUGCCAGUCUACGGAUACGGCUGAAAAACCAAAAGCCUUUAUACAAUGGGUGUCUCAGCCCAUACAAAUCGAAGUCCGCCUAUAUGAAUUGCUAUUUAAACACAAAAACCCUGAAGAUCCUAACGAAGUGCCUGCAGGCUUUUUAUCAGACAUUAAAUCGGACUCUAAAACUGUAUUACAAUCGUAUGCUGAUCGCUCUUUGUUGGAGUGCAAAGUAUACGAUAAAUUCCAGUUUGAGCGUAUUGGUUUCUUCUCGGUAGAUCCGGAUACUACUAAGGAAAAGGUGGUUUUUAACCGUACAGUGGGUCUGAAGGAAGAUGCUGGUAAGAAGUAAACAAUUAAAUUGUUUACUUAUCCUCAAGAAGCAACAUAUGAUGAACGAAUUGUUGAGAAACAAAAAAAGCUUUAGCGUUAAAAUUAGUGUUGAAUAACUUUACACACAUUUUUAUAACGAAUAAACAUUUGAUAUAUUAAUUGGAA